AUGUCAUUACCAUCACCGCCCCCCGAAAACCGAAAGCGGAAACGGUCUGUAGAACAUCAACCAACAGCAGCAUCACACAAACAACUCAAGAUUGCCACAAGCACGGCCAUCAACAACACCAACAGCAACAACAAUAACCUAGGACAACUAUGCUGGGCAUGCUUUAGUAAAUCAGAAGCGGCAUUACGGAUACUACUUCUCAAGGGCGGUUUAGAUCCAAAUGCUGCCCAUGGACAAGAUCAGUCGACCCCUUUGCAUGUAGCUGCCACAGUCGGUUUCCUAAAUGGGGUUGACCAAUUGCUUCAACAUCCCGAAGUUGAUGUCAACAAGGUGGACGCUCACGGCAAUACAGCAAUUCAUCGUGCUAUUCUCGGCAACAAUACCAGCUGUCUUCAACUAUUGCUCGAAAACGGAUCUCGUGUCGAUAUUCAGGACAAGAAUGGUCGCCUACCUAUUCAUCUCGCUGCCUUAUACAGAAGAAGUGAUUGUGUAUCCCUUUUGCUCUCUUUUGCUGAUCACGAUGAUUUAAUGGACAAACGCACAAUCGCAAAUCGCACCGUGGUUGAGGAAUGCCUUGUUGGUGGUAGUGCAUCGAUCCUGAAAAUGUUACUCAAGCACAUUCUUCCAUCAUCUCGUUGUCAUCAUCAUGAUCAAAAAGAAUCCAACAACAACAACAACAACAAUCAUGGGUGGAUCGGUACAGCUGUUUACUGGAAUCGCAUCGAGUGCCUAAAAGUGCUUAUCGAGGCUGGCCUCGAUGUGAACACACCAUUGAGCACACAAGACCCUUCGGAUACAGCAUUACAUCGUGCCGUACAACAACGCAAAAUCGACAUGGUGCGUUGUUUGUGUGCCGCCAAAGCCAAAGCUUGCCUCCCAGAUGGCUCAAACCCUCCUUUACUCUAUGCAGCCUCACAUGGAUUUGUUGAUAUGAUCCGCCUUCUUAUUACACCCGACACCUCUGCGGAUACCAUUCGACAGGCGUAUUUACUUAUGGAUACCCUUGGCCUCGCCGAUCGCUUCGUAAAUAUAGUGCGUGCACGUCCUUCUUCUUCUUCAACAUCAUCAUUAUCAUCACCCUCCUUUUGA